AAGCUAUCGAUUAUUUUCCGGGCCCCUGGAGUCGCAGUUGGCUUUGCAACAACAAUUGAUUUUUCGCUGAAAUUUGAAAGCAUCUCGAAAGCUAAAGUACACACGCAACAAAACGUAGAAUUGAAUUACAGAAUUAUUAGGCAGCAUGACAACCUCACAGGUGGAUCAGAAACGGGCUCUAAACAAACUAAAGCAUGACCUGGAACCAUUUCGCACGGCCAUUGUGAGCGCCUAUGGCCUGCUCAUUUGGGAGAAACAAUAUUAUCCUGGUUUGGUCUUUGCCGGCAUAAGUGUGAUGUACCUGAUGCUCUGGUACCUCGACUUGCCCCUAAUCACUUUGCUCUCGCUGCUUGCUCUAAUGACAAUGAUUCUGGACUUUGUAUUUCCCACCAUCUCACGUCUUCUGUUCAGUGGUGUCAACUGGGAUGGUGAACAAGAGGCCAAAUUUGAGGAGGUUUGCAGCCAGAUGAAUUGCGUUAAGACAAACUUGGUUGAGUGGUAUGAAUAUCUGUUUAAAGAACGCAAGUCCACUGUGUUCGUCAUUCUAAUAAGCAUGGGUCUAUUGGCUCUUGCCUGGGUUGGAGCGAUUAUCAACAAUCUGUUGCUGAUGUAUUUGACCACAUUGUUUAUUGCCAUGUGGCCUGGCAUCCAGGACAAAGACGUCUUCAAGUCCGUAAAGCAGAAGGCUUCCAAGAUUGUUGCCGACAAGAUGCAGUACGGCAAAAAUAAGAUGCAGUAAGAUGAGGAGGAAGGAGGGGUUAUCCACCACUAAUCAUACGCAUUUGACCAAAAAGAAAAAACAAACACAAACAUACAUAUAUUCACAUUUUUACACUAAGAACUAAGUCAUUGUAAACAUCAAACACUUGCCAUUUAUCACACACAAAGUUUUGCGUAAUACUAACAGCAAGUAGAAGAAAGUAUUCACCAUUUGUCGUCUAGAGAAACUCCCCCAUCUCCUUUAUAUCAAUUUAAAUCUAAGUUUAUAUUCAAAGGGACUCGGAAUACCCUUUUAAUAGAAUGCUUCUUAAGCCGGUAGCGAAAGCGCGGCUUAAGACAUUUUUGUGAUUAAUUUUGUGAAAUUUAAUAACCCCCGUAAGAUACAUACGUACAUAUAUACUGAAUUAUAUUUAAUUAAAAUAAAUAUGAAUCUAUAUAAAAA